AUGCCUCGCGAGCUUAUUACUAUACAAGCAGGUCAAUGUGGUAACCAAAUUGGGUCUCAGUUUUGGCAGCAACUGUGCCUGGAGCACGGUAUCUCCCCUGAUGGAACUCUUCAGCCCUACGCAAAUACUGCCAUUGCUGGUGACCGUAAAGACGUCUUCUUCUAUCAGUCUGAUGACACGCGCUACAUUCCACGGGCUCUUCUCAUCGAUCUUGAGCCCCGUGUCAUUAACUCCAUCAUGGCUGGCUCACAUGCUCGUAUGUUUAAUCCGGAAAAUAUAUUCGUGUCGCCAAACGGUGGUGGUGCAGGAAACAUUUGGGCAGCUGGAUACCAUGCUGGUGAACAGAUCAGCGACUCUAUCAUGGAUAUGCUUGACCGAGAAGCCGAGGGUUCUGACUCUCUGGAAGGUUUUAUGCUUCUUCACUCUAUUGCUGGUGGUACUGGCUCUGGUCUUGGCUCUUUUUUACUGGAACAUAUUAAUGAUCGGUUCCCUAAAAAACUUAUCCAAACCUACUCUGUUUUCCCAGAUUCCCAACAAGUUUCCGAUGUCGUUGUUCAGCCAUACAACUCUGUCCUUACUCUUAAGCGUCUUGCUCUUUAUGCUGACUCAGUCAUUGUACUUGACAACGGUGCCCUUGCCCGAAUCGCUGCUGAAACACUCAAAGUUCAAUCUCCAACUUUUGAUCAAACAAAUCAGCUUGUAUCGACUGUUAUGUCAGCGUCUACAAGCACUCUACGCUAUCCAGGAUACCUUCACAAUGAUCUUGCUUCUAUUCUCGCAUCCUUGAUACCCCUACCGCGAUGUCAUUUCCUUAUGACAGCAUACACCCCUUUUAGCAAUGAAACUGUCGACCAGGCCAAGCUGGUACGUAAGACUACGGUUCUAGAUGUCAUGCGCCGCCUUCUUCAGCCUAAAAAUAGAAUGGUGUCUACAGGCCAAUCCAAAGCUGCGUGCUACCUCUCUAUCCUGAACAUUAUCCAGGGAGAUGUUGACCCUACAGAUAUCCACAAGGCAUUGUUGCGUAUUCGCGAACGUAACCUUGCCAACUUUAUUCCGUCGGCACCUACGUCUAUUCAAAUUUCGCUCUCUCGAAGGUCACCAUAUCUCUAUCGCAAUAGUAAUAACAAUAACAAUAACAAUAACAAUAACAAUAGUAGCAAUGCCGAAUCGGCUGCUAUGGAUCCAUCAACUAGAAUCUCCGGUCUCAUGUUGGCAAAUCACACCGCAAUUUCAUCCCUUUUUAAUCGCACAGUUGAUCAGUUUGACCGCCUUCUUAAAAGACAGGCUUUCUUAGAACCAUAUCGUCGUCAGCCCAUGUUUGAAAAUGGACUUUCUGAGUUUGAAGAUGCCCGCGAGCAUGUCAUGGAUGUGAUCAAAGAGUACAAACGCCUGGAACCUCCUAUAACAUCUGUAUAA